UCUUUUUUUUUUUUUAAUUACUUAUUCUAGAAACCUCGAGGAAGUAUCAGUGGUACGUUGGCCUAAAUUUUUGGUGAAUGAACUUUCAUGAUAGUCUUUGGAUUUGUUUUAUUAUAUAUACAACAUAUAUAUAUAUAUUCAUAUAUAUUCAUUCAUCAAUAUAUUUGUAUCUCAUCUCUUUUUAUUUCCCUCCUCCUCUUUUUUUUUUUUUUUUUUUUAUUAUACAUACAUCCAUUUCUUUCUUCUGUUAUUAUCAUCAUCACUUUCUCCAUCAUUUUUCUUUCUCUUACCAUUCUCUUAUUUUGAAUACAUACACAAAAAAAAAGGACAAAAAAGAACAAAAGGUAAAACUCACACACCCAAAAAAAAAAAAUUCAAAACGGUACAUCCCCCACCUUAUAGUAUAUACUUUUUUUUAGUGAAACCCAUUAUUACUUUUCUUUCUAGUUGUUAGUUUGCUUUUUAUAUGACCCCUUUUUGUAAUUUCUCUUUCUUCAUUAUUAUUUUUUUUUCUUUUUAUUUUCCACAAUAUUUUUUUUU